CAACUUUAUCGAUAUAUAAGUGCUGUUCUGUUUGAACUGGUACACAAUAUUGCACUUUUUGUCAACGAUGUCAUCAGGUCGCGCCGUGUCGCACGGCCGGGGAGGUGCUGGAAACAUCCACGCCGACGGUAAAGCAACCACAGCAGCUGACCUCGUCACCCCCACCCUCAAACAAGACUUCUUCACAACCGGUCGAGGAGGAACAGGCAACAUGGCGCACAACGACAAGGACCGUCCGGAGCUAGCGCGCGAUUAUCAGGAUGUUGAAAAACCGCCCAAACGGUCGGAGGAGAAUGUUCAGUUUACUGGUCGAGGUAAACCCGCCCCUCUCACUUGGUCAAGAUGAAAGAGAAUAUUUGCGCGUGGAAUAUCUUGGAUAUCCGAAGCUGACAGAGCAAAGGUGGCGUCGCGAAUGCUGUUAUUCCAGCUGUCGAAGAGCAGAAAGCGAAACAUACCGCCGCUGACCCUCAGCCUGAGCGAGUGCCGACCCAAGAUCGACCAAAGGAAGUCCCAGGUGGAAAGACCAAUUAGUACCAUUAUGUCCCCUCGAAGCCGGGAAAUCGGCUCUUUCUGCGUUGUACAUCUUCUUUGGAACUGAACUGGUACACAUCGAUAUCUCGGUAUCCGACGAGAUCCUCGCCUUUCAUCCCCCAAUCCUAAUAGAUAUAGCCGCAAUAUGGUUAAAGCGGACGCAAGUCUCGGACGUCUUGGGACGACGCUUUCUUGUUUUCUUUCUCAUUUGGUGUUUGUUGUUUCACUUGGAAUACCCUCCGCUGUCAGCGGCGUAUCGGCGUCUGAUUUUCUGCUUAAAAGGCUCCCAGUUUUUCAUAAUCAGUUCUUUUUUUUUCUCCCACAACCUUGUCUUCUUGCUGGUUUCAGUAACAGAUGUUCAUAAUUGGGAAGUUAUAUAACCCCACUCUGAUUCUGUGCUGUCAGUACAUAGUCAAUCCAUAUGAUA